CAUGAUUGUGUGUAUUUUCAUUUAAAAAAGUUAACUACAGUAUAACAAUGGCAUCACUGUCCAUACUACAAUCAAUAUAGUAAUAUGUACAUUUAAGGGAAACGUAAUUAUGUUAUGAAAACGUGUAGCACUUGCAUGGCAUAGAUACUCGUGUUAGUCAGACUUUAGUGUUGGUUCAAUGUCAUCUAGUCUAGUGCGCUAAUUUAGCUAGCUGCUGUAGCUAUUUGCUUGCUAGCUAGCUUCUCAGUUAUGUGAUAAUGUGAAAGGAUUUUGCUCAUACCCGGGCCAGAAAUACUGAUUUGGUGGGCUGUAAGUUAGCUGACUGACUGUGCUGCCAUGACUGGACCCAGCCAUGAAUAUAACUCUGUACUUCAGCGCUGUCGACUAGGGCCUAAAGAAUGUGUGUUUCAAAAGCCCCAUGGCCCCAUUUCACUGUCUCCAUUGGCUGGGUAGUCCCCGUCUCAUUUGUGGCCCCUUCUCGGUCUCAACAAGCGUCAAGGUGGGUGACCCGGUGCUUCGAGUCCAGGCUGCAGUGGUGGACCCUGGGACCGCACAGGGUCCGGAGGCUCAGGAGGUGAUCCGCACCAUGGUGAAGGUGGUGCAGAAGUUCGAAUGCCUGAAUGAGAAGGCAGAGCCUGUGACCUGGCAAGUGAGCGGGUGGCCCGCACGCAUCCUACAGCUUGAGAUGGAUCACUUGGAUGGAGUCCGGUACAUUGACCGCAUGGACAGUAAAACCUUCAACGUGAAAUGGGCAGCACAGAACGAGUAGCAGUUUCAAACUAACCUUGUCACCCUGAUUGAGCACUAAGACAACUUCUUGGACAUAAUAUACAACAGACCAUGAAGAAACCUUUCUUACUGAUUCUUUAUUAAUAAAUGUAUUUAUGAAGACA